AUGAGCCAAACAAACGGUACCAAUGGCUCCAACGGCUCGUCGCCCAGCCGUUCUCGUCGCCAGAGCGCACCAUAUCAGUCGGUCCAGGACUACCUCUCGAAUAUCGGCAACUUCAAGAUUAUUGAGAGCACAUUAAGAGAGGGAGAGCAAUUUGCCAAUGCCUUUUUCGACACAGAGACCAAGGUCAAGAUUGCCACAGCCCUCUCAGACUUCGGCGUCGAAUACAUCGAACUCACCUCCCCUGUUGCCUCUGAGCAGUCAAGAAUCGACUGCGAGACAAUCUGCAAGCUCGGUCUCAAGUCCAAGAUUUUGACCCAUGUAAGAUGUAAUUUAGAUGACGCCAAGGCUGCAGUUGCCACAGGCGUAGAUGGAGUCGACCUCGUCAUCGGCACUUCAAGCUUCCUUCGUGAGCAUUCUCACGGCAAGGACAUGGAGGCCAUUACCAAGGCUGCCAUCGAAGUAAUCAACUAUGUCAAGAGCCAAGGAGUUGAAGUCAGAUUUUCCUCCGAAGACUCGUUCCGCUCCGACCUAGUCGACCUUCUUUCACUAUACCGAGCCGUCGACGCAAUUGGUGUUAAUCGAGUCGGUGUCGCUGAUACAGUUGGUUGCGCUACCCCCAGACAGGUGUAUGAGCUUGUGCGCACGUUGCGCGGUGUUGUGAAUUGCGAUAUUGAGUGCCAUUUCCAUAAUGAUACUGGAUGUGCCAUUGCAAAUGCUUACGCCGCACUCGAGGCUGGCGCAACUCACAUCGACACCUCUGUGCUCGGAAUUGGAGAACGAAAUGGCAUCACGCCUCUUGGAGGACUUCUCGCCCGAAUGAUCGUCUCAUCCCCCGACUACGUCCGCUCGCGCUACCAACUCUCACAACUCAAGGACCUCGAGAACCUCGUUGCCGAAAGCGUCGAAAUCAACAUCCCCUUCAACAAUCCCAUCACUGGUUUCUGCGCCUUUACCCACAAGGCCGGCAUUCACGCCAAGGCCAUCUUGAACAACCCCUCCACAUAUGAAAUUCUCAAGCCUGAAGAUUUCGGAUUAAAUCGAUACGUCUCAUUUACAAGCAGACUUACCGGCUGGAACGCCAUCAAGUCUCGCUCUGAGCAACUCGGCCUCAAGAUGACGGACGAUCAAUACAAGAUUCUGACUGCCAAGAUUAAGCAAAUGGCUGACAUUAGACCUCUCGCCAUUGACGACACCGAUUCAAUUAUCAGAUCCUUCCAUCAUGAUCUUGAGAAUGGCAAGGCAUAA